GUAAAAGGAACUUCAGGCUUUCUUCUUUGAAAUACGUUUGUGUUUAUAGGCAGCCCCUAAGGAGUUCGUUAGGCUCUAGGCGAGAGGGAGGAGAGGCCCGGACCUAUGGAAAAGCUAAGGCAGGUUGGCGGUCAUUCCUGACCAAUGGCCAUGUCCCCGAAAGUGGGACGGAGGGGCCCGCCGAGCCCGCCACGAGUUCCCCGGCUGGGAGGCUCUGGCCCAGAGGAGGGGGGGGUGGGGGGCUUGGCGGUGCAGGAAAGGUCUGGCCCCCUGGAACCCCUCGAUCCCCCGGGCGUCUCCGGAGGCGGCUGGUCAGACUCCGCCCCCAGCCGUCUCCACGGUAACCAGUGUGUGUGUGUUUUUUUUCCCACCUUCCAUCCUCGAGCCGGGAGCUGGGGGCAGUUCGGAGGACUCCAGCCAUCGGCCAGUCCCUCUGGUCCAUCGUCCCCCCAAGCCCAGAGAGAACCCGGCGUGGAGCUGGCGUCCCCAGGUACCUUGCCCAGUCUUCCCCCGCCUGCCGCGGCUGCUCUGCCCAGUUGGGGGCGCCUCCCGGAAGCCCUCCCAGCCCUGCCUGGCGUUCUUCCACCCCUCGGGCCAGCGCUUCGACUUCACCUGGUGCUACUGCUGAUUCCCAGAGUAAAAAGCACUAAAACCUAAUCUCAAGGGACCUCAAAAUGUCUGAAUCCAGUAAAGAAUCGCUUGAUUCCAGGAAAGAAUCAUUUACUGUCAAGAAAGAAUCGCUUCCUGGCAAGGGUGGCAAGAAAGAAUCACUUGCUGGCAAGGGUGGCAAGAAAGAAUCACUUGCUGGCAAGGGUGGCAAGAAAGAAUCACUUGCUGGCAAGAGUGGCAAGAAAGAAUCACUUGCUGGCAAGAAAGAAUCACUUGCUGGCAAGAAAGAAUCAAUUGCUGGCAAGAAAGAAUCAAUUGCUGGCAAGAAAGAAUCACUUGCUGGCAAGAAAGAAUCACUUGCUGACAAGAAAGAAUCACUUGCUGACAAGAAAGAAUCACUUGCUUCCAAAAAAGAAUCAAUUACUUCCAAAAAAGAAUCAAUUGCUUCCAAGAUAGAAUCGAUUGUUGUCGACAAAGAAGCGAUUGCUGCCGAAAAAGAAGCUCUGAACUUGAAGCUGCCUCCCAUUGUGCAGCCUUCUGAAGAGGCCGGCGUUGAUACCCCCCUCCAAAGUAAACUUCUGAAAUAUCGGAGAGUCAAGGACCAGACAGCAAAACUGAAUCAGAUCUUAACUACUGGAGCAAUGAUGAAAUAUAUGAAAAUAACAGAGGAAAAGAAAAAAGCAGGCCCUCCAUCUCCAGAGCCCGAAUACCCUAUAACUAUGUACAGCGAUUUAAGAAAGAGAGGCGACAACUAUGUUUAUAUGAAAAAAUGUGUAGAAAGUAACCCUAUAGUCCCCAUUCAGAAGGAGUGGCUGGAGAACAUGCUGAAGUUGGUGCCUGAGGCAUUAAUGAAGGGCAGAGCCAGUGAAGCGCUGGUUGAGGACCUUAUAGAAGAGGUAACGAGUGAUUUUGUAAAGAGUAUGAAGAGAUACAUGGUCCGAAGCGUUCUCGUGAGACCCCCCGUGUCAUGGCUGGAAGAUGAGGGAGGACCGUUACCCGUGUCACCCGAGGGCCUGGAUUAUUCCCAGCCAUGGCACGACAGUUAUAUCCAAGCCAGAAACCAGAUCGCUGAAAAUUUGCACAUUCUUCACCCCACCCUGAGGACAUUGCUGGAUUUGGGCUACUCCACGUUUGCCAACAUCCUUUUACUGGACUUAACAGGGUUCAGAGCUAAAGGUCCCAUGGACUGCGAAUCAUUGAGAAAUGACGUGUCUAUCGGUGCCAGAAAAACGGAGGAGAAAUUAAUGAAUACCUGGUAUCCGACAGUGAUUAAUAUCUUCACCAAGAAGGAAGUGCUCGAAGACAUUAAACCAGAAAAACUGGAAUCCUUCUAUAACUGCGUGUCCACCCUAAUGUCGAAUCAGCUGAGAGAUCUAUUGAAGAGAACGGUGGAAGGAUUUGUGUCUCUCUUUGAUCCUGAAGACAAAAAAUGGCUGCCAAUAUUCAAGAUGGAAUUGACAUUUGAUGAUGAAAAAAUGGAGUUUUAUCCCACUUUUCAAGACAUGCAAGACAUUGUGGGUGGUGUGGUGGAUCGAAUCGGAGAAACUCUGCAGAAUGUCCAGACUGUCCACUCCUGGCUGUCUGGCGCCCCUACCACCCAGAAUCUUAGCAAUGAACUUCCUGACCACUUGGUGGACUGGGCUGUGAAUGCUCUGGGGGAUGCGGUGAACCUGAACUUACAAGGACCUAAAGAGCACUAUGAUGAAUACGUCCAAAAAUAUAGUUGGCUUAUUGAUGGGACUGCAAAAGCGCAAAUAGAAAAAUUUCAGUCAGAGAAUCACACUUUUGAUGAAUACACUGAGCUGAUAGAAGACUUUCUAAAUCUUUCUAAAGAAAUCAUGUUGCUACCACAGUUGGCUCACUUUCCAAUGAUACGUUUGGACUGUGAUGAUUUGAAGGAGGGAUUGGUGAAUAAAGUAAAGAGCUUUGCAAAUUUGCUGUUGAAUGACAUAGCUACAAAGCACAGAAAUGAAAAUUUGAGCAUUUGCUGUGAAUUUGAAAACAUUAAAGAUCAUGCAUUGAAAGUUCCUGACACCACUGAAGAAAUGAUGGAUCUGAUAAAUUAUGUGGAAACAGCCAGGACUAAAGGUGUCCAGAAAUUGGCGUUAAGAAUCCAGGAAAGCCAGCGCCGAAUGAAUUACUUUUUGGAUGUUUUCAUAUUUCCCCCUGAUGAUUUAGAGUUAAAUGCCUGUGUUCUCCUAUGGCCCCAGAACAUUAAUCCUGUCUUUAAUGACAAUGAUGACCUCAUUGAGAAUGCAAAGCGGAAAGGUGAGACUGAGUUGGUUGCCAAGAGAGAGAAACUCAUUUUGGAAGUUGAAAAGGCCACUCGGCGCAUGGAAGAGUUUACAGAGUAUGCGGAACUGGAACGAAUGCAGCAGUAUGUGACGGAUGUGAGAGUGCUCCAGAAACGUAUUCAGGAAGCCGAAGAUACAGUGAAUUUUAUCAACAAAGAAGAAGCACUCUUCAAAUGGGAACAGACCAAGUACCCAGAACUGGACAAGCUGAAAGUCAGCGUUGAGCCCUACCAGAAGUUCUUUUCUUUCAUUUUGAAGUGGCAGCGAACAGAGAAACGGUGGAUGGAUGGAGGCUUUCUGGACCUAAAUGGAGAAAGCAUGGAAUCUGAUGUGGAUGAAUUUUUUAGAGAAGUUUACAAGAGCCUGAGGUUCUUCCAGCUGAAACAAAAGAAAGAAGCCAUGGAAAAGAGAAAGGCAGCAGGAAGGCGAUCAAUAACAGAAGAAAAAAUUGAAGAAGACAUUAAAGAAAACCCAACAGUGGCUAUGUGUUCCGCAGUCAUGGAGCAGAUCAAAUCCUUUAAGGAAUUCAUCCCCACCGUCACCAUCCUGUGCAAUCCAGGCUUGCGAAGUCGUCAUUGGAAGCAGAUGUCGGAAAUUGCAGGAUUUGAUUUGACUCCAGACUCGGGGACCACGCUCAGAAAAGUAUUAAAGCUAAACCUGGCCCCAUUCCUGGAGCAAUUUGAAGUCAUAAGUGCUGGGGCGAGCAAGGAAUAUUCCUUAGAGAAAGCCAUGCACGCGAUGAUAGACACCUGGGAGGACAUCGUUUUUCACGUCAGCCCAUAUCGGGAGACUGGAGUCAGCAUCCUCUCUGCCGUGGAUGAGAUUCAGGCCCUCCUGGACGAUCAGAUUGUCAAGACUCAGACGAUGAGAGGCUCACCCUUCAUUAAGCCCUUUGAAAAAGAGAUCAAGGCAUGGGAGGACCGUUUGAUUCGAAUCCAAGAAACCAUUGAUGAGUGGCUGAAGGUCCAGGCUCAGUGGCUUUACCUGGAGCCCAUCUUCUGCUCUGAGGACAUCAUGCAGCAGAUGCCGGAGGAGGGACGGCAGUUCCAGACAGUGGACAGACACUGGAGGGAUGUCAUGAAGUACUGUGUGAAGGACCCAAAGGUGCUGGUGGCCACAAAUUUGACGGGAUUGCUGGAGAAGCUGCAGAACUGUAACGAUCUUCUGGAUAAAAUCAUGAAAGGACUGAACGCCUACCUGGAGAAGAAGCGUCUUUUCUUCCCCCGUUUCUUCUUCUUAUCAAACGAUGAGAUGCUCGAGAUCUUGUCCGAGACCAAAGACCCGCUGAGGGUGCAGCCGCAUCUCAAGAAGUGCUUUGAGGGCAUCGCCAAGCUGGAGUUCCUGCCCAACCUGGACAUCAGGGCCAUGUUCAGCACCGAGGGUGAGCGGGUGGAGCUCAUCGCCCUCAUCUCCACGGCCGAGGCCCGAGGGGCCGUCGAGAAGUGGCUCAUCCAAGUGGAGGACCUGAUGCUGAGGAGCAUCCACCAAGUCAUCGCCCUGUCCUUGAUGGCUUAUCUACAAUCAGAAAGAAAAGACUGGGUACGAGAAUGGCCUGGCCAAGUAGUCCUUUGUGUCUCUCAAAUGUAUUGGACGAUUCAGACUCAGGAAAAUAUAAGUGGUGGACCAGAGGGUCUAAGGGAGUACUAUAAAAAACUUCAGCUUCAGCUCAAUGACAUUGUGAAUCUGGUCCGAGGGAAACUGUCUAAACAGACCAGGAUUACUCUGGGAGCUUUGGUUACUAUUGAUGUACAUGCUCGGGAUGUGGUCAUGGACAUGAUUGAAGUGGGUGUCUCACAUGAUACAGAUUUCCAGUGGCUUGCUCAACUCCGCUAUUACUGGGAGAGGGAGAAUGUCCGGGUGCGAAUCAUUAAUUGCAAUGUAAAAUACGCUUAUGAGUACCUUGGCAACUCGCCUCGCCUGGUCAUCACCCCUCUAACUGACAGAUGCUACCGGACCUUGAUAGGAGCCUUUUAUUUAAAUCUUGGGGGUGCACCCGAGGGCCCAGCAGGCACAGGGAAAACAGAAACUACUAAGGAUUUGGCCAAGGCCUUGGCUGUCCAGUGUGUUGUCUUCAACUGCUCUGAUGGUUUAGAUUACUUGGCCAUGGGAAAGUUUUUUAAAGGUCUGGCCUCUUCUGGUGCAUGGGCGUGUUUUGAUGAAUUUAAUAGAAUUGAGCUGGAAGUCUUGUCCGUGGUCGCUCAGCAGAUCCUUUGCAUCCAGAGAGCCAUCCAGUUGAAGUUGGAAAUAUUUAAUUUUGAGGGGACAGAACUGAAGCUCAACCCGAACUGCUUUGUAGCCAUUACCAUGAAUCCUGGCUAUGCUGGGCGCUCUGAACUGCCAGAUAACCUUAAGGUUCUCUUCCGGACAGUGGCCAUGAUGGUCCCCAACUAUGCCCUCAUUGCAGAAAUCUCCCUCUACUCCUAUGGGUUUCUGAAUGCCAAGCCUCUGUCUGUGAAGAUCGUGAUGACCUACAGGCUCUGCUCAGAACAGCUUUCAUCCCAGUUUCAUUAUGACUAUGGCAUGCGAGCCGUCAAAGCGGUGCUGGUAGCAGCUGGCAAUCUCAAGCUGAAGUUUCCAGAUGAAAAUGAAGAUAUCCUUCUUCUUCGCUCAAUUAAGGAUGUGAACGAGCCCAAGUUUCUGUCCCACGACAUACCCUUGUUUAAUGGAAUAACUAGUGACCUGUUUCCUGGUAUCAAGCUCCCAGAAGCUGAUUAUAAUGAUUUUCUGGAAUGUGCUCAUGAAUGCUGCAAAGAGCACAACCUUCAACCUGUUAAAGUGUUUCUUGAGAAAAUGAUUCAGACAUAUGAAAUGAUGAUUGUUAGACAUGGGUUCAUGCUUGUUGGGGAACCUUAUGCGGGGAAGACGAAGGUUCUGCAUGUGUUGGCUGACACGCUUUCGCUUAUGAAUGACCGCUCAUAUGGAGAGGAAGAGAAGGUCAUUCACAGGACGGUGAACCCCAAAUCGAUCACGAUGGGACAGCUUUUUGGCCAGUUUGAUCCUGUCUCUCAUGAGUGGACAGAUGGUAUUGUUGCCAACACCUUUAGAGAAUUUGCCCUGUCAGAGACACCAGACCGCAAAUGGGUGGUAUUUGAUGGUCCCAUCGAUACACUGUGGAUUGAAAGCAUGAACACAGUGUUGGAUGACAACAAAAAGCUUUGCUUGAUGAGUGGAGAAAUCAUCCAAAUGUCUGCUCAGAUGAGUCUCAUAUUUGAAGCCAUGGACCUUUCCCAGGCCUCGCCUGCCACUGUCAGUCGUUGUGGUAUGAUUUAUAUGGAACCCCUCCAGCUAGGCUGGGAGCCCCUGGUGGCUUCUUGGUUGAGUUCUCUGAAGGAUCCUUUAAGCAGACCAGAAAACCAGGAACUGUUGCAAGAGCUCUUUGAUUGGUUGACAUUCCCAGCCCUACGGCUUCGUCUGAAAAAAUGCAAGGAACUGAUUCCCACAAGCAACAGCAAUGUUGUCGUCUCUCUCACUCGCCUCUUUGAAGACCUGCUCUGCCAUGUUGCGGCCGAGGAACCAAACAGUAAACACAUGCGUGUUUGGAUCAUGGCCUCUUUCAUCUUCUCCUUGAUUUGGUCCAUUGGAGCAAGUUGUGACACAGAUGGACGUCUUGUCUUUGACCAUUUUAUCAGAGAUAUUAUAGUAGGAAAGAAUGAAGACUACCCAGUGCCUCCUGGGGUGGGCAAAUGGGAAUGCAACUUUGAAGAAAAAGGCCUCGUCUAUGACUAUAUGUAUGAGUUGAAGAACCGAGGCCGCUGGGUCCCCUGGAAUGAAUUAAUUAAAACUGGUACUUAUGGAGAUAAGAAGAUCAAGAUUCAAGAAAUUAUAGUCCCUACGAUGGACACAAUCAGAUACACGUUUUUAAUGGAUUUAUGCCUUAGGAAUGAGAAGCCAAUCCUUUUCGUGGGUCCAACAGGUACUGGGAAAUCAGUCUAUGUGAAGGAUAAGCUUAUGAACCAUUUGGAAAGGGACCGAUAUUUUCCAUUUUUCGUUAAUUUCUCAGCAAGGACCAGUGCCAAUCAGAUUCAGAAUAUUAUCAUGGCAAGGCUGGACAAGAGACGCAAAGGUGUGUUUGGCCCUCCGAUGGGAAAAAAGUGCAUAAUAUUUAUAGAUGACAUGAAUAUGCCGGCACUGGAGAAAUAUGGAGCUCAGCCACCUAUUGAAUUAUUACGUCAGUUUUUUGACUAUGGAAAUUGGUACGAUUUGAAGGACACAACUAAGAUCCUCCUGGUUGACAUCCAGCUGAUCGCCGCCAUGGGCCCUCCCGGAGGGGGGAGGAAUCCCGUCACCCCUCGGUUCACCCGUCACUUCAACAUCUGCACCAUUAACACCUUCAGUGAUGAAACCAUGGUCAGAAUCUUCUCCGCCAUUGUGGCUAUAUACCUACGGGUCAAUGAGUUCACACCGGAGUACUUUGCUGUGGGAAACCAGAUUGUCAAUGGAACAAUGGAGAUCUACAAACAAUCCAUGGAAAAUCUGUUGCCCACUCCAGCCAAGUCUCACUACACGUUCAACCUGCGGGACUUCGCCCGAGUCAUCCUGGGCUGUUUGCUUAUCAACAAGGAUUCGGUGGAGACCAAGCAAACGAUGGUGCGGCUCUUUGUGCAUGAGGUCCUGAGGGUGUUCUAUGACCGUCUGGUGGACGACUCGGACAGAGCCUGGCUGUUUACCUUGAUCAAGACUGUCAUAAAGGACCAAUUUAAAGAUAACUUUGACAGCGUUUUCUCGCAUCUGAAGAAGGAAAAGGCCCCGGUGCAAGAAGAAGAUUUAAGAAAUCUUCUGUUUGGGGAUUACAUGAAUCCAGAUCUUGAAGGAGAUGAAAGGAUUUAUAUAGAAAUUCCUUCAGUUCAGCACUUCAGUGAUGUGGUGGAACUGUGCUUGGAUGAAUAUAACCAGACCCACAAGACAAGAAUGAACCUCGUCAUUUUCCGGUAUGUGCUGGAACACCUGUCUCGUAUUUGUCGCAUCCUGAAGCAGUCUGGAGGAAAUGCUUUGCUUGUUGGCUUGGGAGGAAGUGGCCGUCAAUCUAUGACCCGUCUUGCCACAUCUAUGGCAAAAAUGUACAUGUUUCAACCAGAAAUUUCCAAGAGUUAUGGGAUGAAUGAAUGGAGAGAAGACCUCAAGCAACUCCUGAGGAGUGCUGGGAUGAAGGGCUUGAAGACGGUGUUUCUGAUCACAGACACCCAGAUCAAGGAGGAAGCUUUCUUAGAGGACAUUGACAGUGUGCUCAACACUGGAGAAGUCCCAAACAUUUUUGCAGCAGAUGAAAAACAGGAAGUGAUGGAGGGUGUCCGGCCAAUAGCCCAGGCUGGCAAUAAACAUGGCGAGCUCAGUCCUUUGGCCCUGUUUGCCUUCUUCGUGAAUCAGUGCCGAGACAACCUCCAUGUCGUCGUUGCCUUCAGCCCAAUUGGAGAUGCUUUUCGCAAUCGUCUGAGGCAGUUCCCGUCGCUCAUCAAUUGCUGCACCAUUGACUGGUUCCAGCCGUGGCCCGAAGAUGCCUUGGAACGAGUGGCCAUUAAAUUCUUGGAGACGCUGCAGCUCACAGACAACGAGAGAGAAGAAGUGGUUCCGAUCUGUAAACACUUUCACACGUCCAUUAUGGAUAUUUCAAUAAGGUUCUUGCAAGACUUGGGACGACAUAACUACGUGACUCCCACAUCUUACUUGGAACUGAUUGCAGCGUUCCAGCAGCUUUUGACUCAGAAGCGCCGGGCCGUCAUGAAAGCCAAAUUCAGAUACACCAAUGGGCUCGACAAAUUAGCUUUUGCCGAAUCGCAGGUGGGUGAGAUGAAGCUGGAGCUGGUUCAGUUACAGCCCAAACUGGAGGAGGCCAAAGUGGAGAACGCCAACAUGAUGAAGGUGAUCGAGGUGGAGUCUGAACAGGUGGAGGCGAAGAGCAGAGUUGUGAAGAUAGACGAGGAGCUGGCGACGGGGAAGGCCGAAGAGGCCCAGACGCUGAAGAACGAGUGCGAGAGCGACCUGGCCGAGGCCAUCCCCGCCUUGGAAGCUGCCCUCUCGGCUCUGGACACCCUCAAGCCCGCUGACAUCACGAUUGUGAAGUCCAUGAAAAACCCUCCUUCUGGCGUCAAGCUUGUGAUGGCGGCUAUUUGUGUGAUGAAGGACAUCAAACCGGAGAGAAUCACAGACCCAUCGGGAACGGGAGGCAAGAUAUUGGAUUAUUGGGGCCCCAGCAAAAAAGUCCUGGGAGACAUGAGUUUCUUAAGAGAUCUGAGAGAAUAUGACAAGGACAACAUUCCUGUGUCUGUCAUGCAGAAGAUUCGGAAUGAAUACCUAACAAACCCUGAGUUUGACCCCCCUAAGGUGGCCAAGGCGUCUUCUGCCGCUGAGGGUCUGUGCAAAUGGAUUAUGGCUAUGGAGGUCUACGACAGAGUGGCAAAGGUUGUUGCCCCCAAGAAAGCCCGUUUAGCUGAAGCUCAGAAGUCUUUGGCAGAGACAAUGGAGCUUCUGAAUCAGAAGAGAGCAGAACUCAAGGCAGUGGAAGAUCGCCUGGCCAAAUUGCAACAGACCUUUCGUGAGAAAACCGAGGAAAAAGCCCGGCUAGAGGAUCAGGUGGAGCUCUGUGCAAAGAAAUUGGAGAGAGCGUCCAAACUGAUUGGUGGACUGGGUGGAGAAAAAACAAGAUGGUCUCAAGCAGCUGAUGACCUCCAAGGCACCUAUGACAACUUGACAGGAGACGUUUUGGUAUCAGCAGGCGUCAUAGCCUACCUGGGAGCUUUCACUGUGGGCUUCCGACAGGAAUGUACGGAGGACUGGAGCAAGUUGUGUAAGGCAAAAAAAAUCCCUUGUUCUGAAGACUUCUCUCUGAGUAAGAUUCUGGGUGAUCCCAUCAAGAUUCGAGCCUGGAAUAUUGCCGGACUACCAUCGGAUGCAUUCUCCAUAGACAAUGGUGUGAUUGUUAGCAAUUCCAGGCGUUGGCCUCUAAUGAUUGAUCCCCAGGGUCAAGCCAACAAAUGGAUUAAGAACUCUGAGAAGGAUAACCAACUAAAUGUGAUUAAGCUCUCAGAUUCAGACUACAUGAGAACACUGGAAAACUGUAUUCAGUUUGGUACCCCACUUCUUUUAGAAAAUGUUGGGGAAGAGCUGGAUCCCUCUUUGGAGCCCUUACUGCUAAGACAAACUUUUAAACAAGGAGGCAUUGAUUGCAUGAGGCUUGGAGAAGUCAUUAUUGAAUAUUCCUUUGAUUUCAAAUUCUAUAUCACCACAAAACUGAGAAAUCCUCAUUAUAUGCCUGAGCUGGCUACAAAAGUUUCUCUGCUCAAUUUCAUGAUAACACCAGAAGGACUUGAAGACCAAUUACUUGGGAUCGUAGUUGCGAAGGAGAGACCAGAAUUAGAGGAAGAGAGAAAUGCUCUCAUUCUCCAGUCGGCUGCCAACAAGAAACAGCUGCAUGAUAUAGAGAGCAGGAUUCUAGAGACACUGUCUUCCUCAGAAGGGAACAUUCUGGAGGAUGAAAGUGCCAUCAAGGUUUUGGAUUCUGCGAAAUUGAUGUCCAAUGAGAUCUCAAAGAAACAGCAGAUUGCAGAGAAAACAGAAAUAAAAAUCGCAGAGUCAAGAGAAGGCUACCGACCCAUUGCUAAGCAUUCAUCAGUCUUAUUCUUUAGCAUUGCAGACCUGGCUAACAUUGAUCCCAUGUACCAGUAUUCACUCACCUGGUUUGUUAACCUUUAUAUCAACUCUAUUCAUGAUAGUAACCGAUCCAAGAUUUUGGAGAAACGCCUCCGGUACUUAAAUGACCACUUCACCUACAACUUGUAUUGCAAUGUGUGCCGGUCCCUGUUUGAGAAAGACAAGCUGCUUUUCUCUUUUUUGCUCUGCUGUAAUCUUCUUUUAGCCAGGAAAGAGAUCGAACAGUCAGAAUUCAUGUUUCUUUUGACGGGUGGAAUUGGACUUAAGAGCUCUGAGAAAAACCCUGAUCCUUCUUGGUUACAAGAAAAAAGUUGGGAGGAACUAUGCAGGGCCAGUGAAUUCCCAGCCUUUACAGGACUCAGGGAUCAUUUCCAGAAAUAUAUAAAAGAAUGGCGUGAAAUCUAUGACAGUAAAGAACCACAUAAUGUUACUUUUCCCAAACCAUUUGACACAAAUCUGAAUGAGCUGCAAAAGAUCAUUGUGCUCCGUUGCUUAAGGCCUGAUAAGAUUAGUCCAGCUAUCACUAAUUAUGUAACCGACAAACUGGGAAAGAAGUUUGUUGAACCUCCACCUUUUGAUUUGGCAAAGAGUUAUUUAGACUCAAAUUGCACCAUUCCCCUCAUCUUUGUGCUAUCUCCAGGAGCAGAUCCCAUGGCCAGUCUUCUGAAAUUUGCAAAUGAUAAAAAUAUGUCUGGAAAUAAGUUUCAAGCCAUCUCACUGGGGCAAGGCCAAGGGCCAAUUGCAGCAAAGAUGAUCAAAGGAAGCAUGGAGGAAGGAACAUGGGUUUGCUUGCAAAACUGCCAUCUAGCUGUCUCAUGGAUGCCAAUGCUCGAAAAAAUAUGUGAAGAUUUUAGUGUUGAGACCUGCCAGCCAGCCUUUCGGCUUUGGCUCACAAGCUAUCCAUCUGAAAAGUUUCCGGUCACAAUUUUACAGAAUGGAGUUAAAAUGACCAACGAACCCCCCACAGGACUCCGACUGAAUCUCCUUCAGUCAUACCUCUCAGAUCCGAUUUCUGAUCACCAGUUUUUCAAAGGAUGUCCUGGGAAAGAACAGGUGUGGGAGAAGCUGCUUUUUGGAGUUUGCUUUUUUCAUGCACUGGUCCAGGAGAGGAAGAAGUAUGGUCCUCUUGGGUGGAACAUUCCCUAUGGCUUUAAUGAGUCCGAUUUGCGCAUCAGUAUCCGCCAGCUACAGUUAUUUAUAAACGAAUACGAGGCAGUUCCAUUUGAAGCUAUCUCUUACCUCACUGGCGAGUGUAAUUAUGGCGGACGAGUGACCGACGACUGGGACAGACGCCUGUUACUCACCAUACUGGCCGAUUUCUACAACCCAGAUAUCAUUUAUAGCCCACAUUAUAAAUUCUCACCCAGUGGAAACUACUACGCGCCUCCUCGGAGCAACUACGAUGAUUACAUUGAAUUCAUUAAGAGGCUUCCGUUCUCUCAACAACCUGAGAUAUUUGGGCUGCAUGAAAAUGUGGAUAUUUCCAAGGAUCUCUACCAAACCAAAACCCUUUUUGAGUCUUUGCUCUUGACUCAGGGGGGCAGCACUCAGUCUGGGUCAUCGGGAAGUGCUGACACGACCCUGUUUGAGAUCGCCCACGAUAUUCUGCAAAAGCUCCCCAACGACUUUGACACGGAGGUAGCCUUGGCCAGGUAUCCCGUGAGGUACGAAGAGAGCAUGAACACGGUGCUGGUGCAGGAGAUGGAGAGAUUCAACAAGUAGGUAACAGGCCCGGCCUUACCCUUUUCCAGUCUUAGUUUCAAACCCUUCCCUUCCCUCUUGGGAGCAGUAUUGUGUGUUGGCUCCAAGGCGGGAAAGUGAUAGGAGAUAGGCAAAGUGACUCAUCUACGGGGAAGACUCUGGAUUUGAACCCAGGACCUGCCGCCCGAGGCUUGGCUCUCAAUCCAUUGAGCCACCUAACUGCCCCCCCCCAUCUUGCCGAUUCCCCUU